UAAAAGCCAGCCCCUUCCUCGUUCCACUCACUCUCGCUUCCACUCCCGGAUUCCACCGUCCUUUGUUUUCCUUCGCGACAACCGCCGCUUUAAAAUGGCGCGAACCCUUCUUCUGUCAUUCCCACCUCUAAAAUCUCAUUUCUUCUCCCAGUUUCAUUCUCUUCACUUCCAUAGGAGCUGCUGGCCAUGGAGAAACCGCUUUGGGAGAGAGACUCUUUCUUCAAAGUCAUGAUCGGGGACUUCCAAACAAGAUUGCGGAUUCCUCCCUGUUUCCACGAGCACCUUAGCGGGGAAAUCUUGGUUAAAUCGGUGCUCAGGAGUCGGGGUGGGCGGCGAUGGGCUGUGAUGUUGAGGAGGGAGGGCAAAAAUCUGUUCUUCGGGGAAGGAUGGGAGUGCUUUGUUUCCGAUCUCUCCAUUCAGUUGGGGGAAUUUUUGCUAUUUGUUUAUGAUGGCGAUCUAGGGUUUGAUGUGAAGAUAUACGGGAUCACUGGUUGCGAGAAGGUAGAUCCUAUUGCUAGUAUGAAAGUGGAGCAGGAAGAGGAGAUGGAAAUAAGAGAAAAAGUACCAGCUAAGACUAGUACCGCGCUCAUUCGGGCUCCAGGACGGAGGCGGGAAAUCCUAAAUGGGCGUGUUAUACUGGGAGGGUUAAAGGUGUUCAGCAAUGAGAGCGCUCUAAAUUCUGCUCGGUCUUUCAAGUCUAGCCGUCCUUUUUUCAUCGCAACGUAUAGAAGAUCUCGUCAGGAAUACAUGACUAUUCCUGCUUCAUUUAUGAGGGAAUGUGACCUUGGAAGCAUGGAAGCUAUCAUCCUUCAAGAUCAAAAGGGGAGGUCCUGGCCUGUAAGAAUAGCUCACUGGAUCGGACGUGUAGCUAUGGCAAAAGGGUGGGCUAAAUUUAGAGAUGUAAAUCAUUUGAAAGAAGGGGAUGUUUGUGUUUUCGAGUUUCUUGAAGCAGACACGGCAAUACAUGUUCAUAUUUUUCGAGCUAAGCAAAAUACUGCAGGAGUUUUAAGAAGGGCUGGUAAUAAGAAACGCGAACAAGAGGUUCUCAAAGCUGAAAGAUCUUUUAGAACAAAUGCAAUAUUUGCUUCUAUAUUCUUAAAAUCCCGAAAGUACAAUCUGAAUAUUCCAACGCGUGUUCUAAAAGAAUAUGAUGCAGCAAAAUUAAGUAAAACAACACUACGCGAUCCUUCUGGAAGAUCAUGGUCGGUUGAUAUCAAGCAUCGGGUGGAUGGGCGUGCAGUUCUGAGCCAUGGGUGGUUUAACUUUUGCAGAGCUAAUCAUUUACAAGUGGGUGAUAUUUGUAUUUUUGAGCUCAACGAUGGAAUUCAAGCAAUGGAUGUACAUAUUCGCAGGUUAGGACUCCAUGCAAUUACUGCUGGUUAAGAGAAAUAUUGAUUAACGAGCAACCCUUUGAUGCUUCUAUCUUUAUGAUUAUAGGGGGAUUCACAUACAUAUCAUAAUAAUGCGCUAAUAUUUAAAUCACAUCAAAAUAUAUACACGAAAAUAUGUACUUCGCUUUAGAUAAGUUGAAGUUACUGAUAUUUUUGAUGUGAUUAAGAUAUUAUGAUAUUAUACAAGUAAAUAUUAAAGUUUAUCAAUAAGAUUUUGUUGAUAUGUAUGUAAACCCCCAAUAAUUAUAACAAGGGUGUUCAUAUAUGUAUGUAUGUAUGUAUGUAUGUAUGUAUGUAUGUAUGUAUAAUGUGUGUGAAUAUGUAUGUAGCUUUUAGGAGGAUUCUAACUGGUGGUUAAUAGUGAUCUGCUGGUGAAAUUUUGUGUGCAAACUUUUAAAUUAUGGAUUUUUUGCGUUGUUAUGUUGUCAUAGUAAUGAAAAUGUGAGAUAUGCCGUUGAUGAAAUAA